GAGGGUUGGUGUUCAGUUCAGAGCAUGGACACCAUCGAGGAGUGCGGCGACGGAGACCGACACCUGCUCUCCGUCUCCAGGAUACUCGUCGGCGUGCCGGACAACUCGCGGGGGUGCUCGGAGCUGCUGUCGUGGGCGAUCGGCGCCAUCGCCAAGGCCAAUGACUCCGUCGUCGCCGUGCACGUCCUCGGAGGGAGGGGGAGGAAGAAGAGGCUGCAGAAGGCGAACGCCUUCGUCAUCUACAUGCUCGGCGAGUUCGUCGAAGCCUGCGAGGCCAAGCAGAUCAAUUUGGAGGCUAAGGUGGUUUGCAGCUCAAACAUUGGGAGAGCUCUGACCCAAGAAGCUGCACUGACUGAUGGAAACAUCCUUAUUGUUGGGAGAUCAAGAAAUGCAUACCAUAGGAGCCAUUUUGAGACUGCAAACUACUGCUUCAUGCAUGCUCCAAAAAACUGCUCUGUGAUAGCUGUUGGAAGAGAAGGCCUACCACAAUGUAAUACCCGAUUGAAGUCUCGGUCAUUCGAUGCAGAGAGCAAUAUAUCCUCAAGCUCAACAUGGAGCAGAAGGUUCCCACCACUUCAGAAGCUACUCAGAUCAAACUCGACGAGAAAACUGGCUCAAUCUAGUAACGAAGGCGCCGAGGACAAGAGUUCGCCUAGAGCGGUUCUUGAUGGUCCGGAGGAAGGGGAGCACCAAGUCAAUGAAGAAUGCUACAGCACGUCUAGCCAUGAGGUGAGCCGGCGUGGCCAAAAUGGCCUAUGGAGGCGGUUGUCGGACAUGAAGCUCUGGCUUCCAUUCCUAAGGACAAUCGGGGAUGACAGCGCGAGGGCCAGCGAUGCUGGUUCGGCAUAUGCCGAAGAUCAGAAGCCUGCCUGGAGGUGCUUCAGCUUUCAGGAGAUUUCAGUGGCUACUAAUGACUUCCAUCCAGAUAACUUGGCGGGAAGAGGAGGUUAUGCAGAAGUAUACAAGGGCGUCCUAUCCGAUGGCCAAUAUGUAGCUGUGAAGAGGCUGGCAAAAGGAACGCCCAGUGAACAGAAGGAGAAAGAGUUCCUGGCGGAACUAGGGAUUCAGGGACAUGUAUGCCACCCAAACACAUCAUAUCUUCUUGGAUGCUGCGUUGAGAAUGGAUUGUACCUGAUAUUUGAAUUCUGCGCAAAUGGAACUCUAGCAUCGGCGUUGCACGGGAAGAGUGGUAAAACCCUUGAAUGGCCUUUGAGGUACAAGAUUGCGGUUGGUGUUGCAAGGGGCUUGCAAUAUCUGCAUAUGUUCUGCAGGCAUAGGAUCAUCCAUAGAGACAUCAAGGCCUCCAAUGUGCUUCUUAGUGAUGACUUUGAACCUCAGAUUUCGGACUUUGGACUAGCAAAGUGGCUCCCCAAGCAGUGGACUCAUCACUCUGUCAUACCUAUAGAAGGCACAUUUGGGUACUUGGCACCAGAAUAUUUCAUGCACGGCAUUGUUGAUGAGAAGACCGACAUAUUCGCUUUUGGGGUUCUGCUGCUGGAGAUUGUCACUGGAAGGAGACCUAUUGACUGCUCCAAACAAAGCCUUUUGCAGUGGGCAAAGCCACUCCUGGAGGCUGGGCAAGCGACUGAACUUGCCGACCCGAACCUCGGAGACGGCUAUGACAAGGAUCAACUGAAGAGGAUGAUCGCCGUCGCGUCCCGCUGCAUUAUGCGACCGGCAAUGUGGCGGCCCUCAAUGGCCGAGGUUCUGCAUUUCCUGUCUACUGAUGAUUGUCUGGAGGAACCAGAGAAAUGGAACAUUCUCGAGGACGAGGUCGAUGACAUGGAUGAUUGCACAUUGUUUUCUGAAUCUUGCUCCCCAUAAUUAAUAGCCUCCCCCACCACCCCCCCCCCCA